UGUGUCUAUGGUGUUGGAGUCUAUAGCAGAGGAGGCGGAAAUACGGAGUGAACCUGACGUCCAGCACCACCGGGUUCUCCUGUCCUGGAGCUGAGAGGGCGAGAACGCCUGGGCGGCAGGUUAAACGUGACAUUCCCACAGCCGAGGAGCCACGAUGCCAGAGGACUACCUGUGAAGAGCAACGUCCAUCCACGUGCAAUGUCUCUGGUUUUCCCACGAUCUAACAACAACCCAUUUCACGGUAAGAAGGAAAAGAGAAUGUUGGCUGAAGUAUGUUCGUCACCACUGAAGCACUUCGUGACGGCCAAGAAGAAGAUCAACGGGAUCUUCGAGCAGCUUGGGGCCUACAUCAAGGAGAGCGCCUCCUUCCUGGAAGACACUCACAAGAAUGAAGAUCUGGACCCGGUCACCACAGAGGAGCAGGUCCAGGAGGUCCAGGGCUACCUGGCCAAGGUGUCGGGGAUCGGGGAGGUGCUGGCCCGCCGCCACAUGAAGGUGGUUUUCUUUGGAAGGACCAGCAACGGGAAGAGCUCGGUCAUCAACGCCAUGCUGUGUGACAAGGUGCUGCCGUCGGGCAUCGGACACACCACCAACUGCUUCCUGAGGGUGGAGGGCACCGACGGCAGCGAGGGCUUCCUGCUGACCGAGGGCUCCGAGGAGAGGAAGAGCAUCAAGACGGUGAACCAGCUGGCCCACGCUCUGCACCAGGACCAGGACCUGGACGCCGGCAGCCUGGUGUGUGUCAUGUGGCCCAAAGCAAAGUGUGCCUUGCUCAGAGACGACCUGGUGCUGGUGGACAGCCCAGGUAUCGACGUCACCACGGAGCUGGACAGCUGGAUCGAUAAGUUCUGCCUGGACGCUGACGUCUUUGUCCUGGUGGCGAACUCGGAGUCCACCCUGAUGCAGACGGAGAAGUCCUUCUUUCACAAAGUCAACGAGCGGCUCUCCAGUCCCAACAUUUUCAUCCUGAACAACCGCUGGGACGCGUCGGCUUCAGAGCCGGAGUACAUGGAGGAGGUGCGCAGGCAGCACAUGGACCGCUGCACUCACUUCCUGGUGGAGGAGCUGGGCGUGGUGGACCGAGGACAGGCCGGCGACCGCAUCUUCUUCGUGUCUGCUAAGGAGGUGCUGCAGGCCCGGGUACAGAAGGCCCAGGGGAUGCCCGAAGCAGGUGGAGCUCUUGCAGAGGGAUUUCAGGCCAGAAUGUUUGAGUUUCAGAACUUCGAGAGGAGAUUCGAGGAGUGCAUCUCGCAGUCUGCGGUGAAGACCAAGUUUGAGCAGCACACUGUGAGAGCCAAGCAGAUCUCCGAAGCCCUGCGCCGCAUCAUGGACUCGGUCCACGUGGCUGCACAGGAGCAGAGAGUGUACUGCCUGGACACCAAGGAGGACCGUCAGGACCGACUGGAGUUCAUAGACAAGCAGUUGGACCUGCUGACAGCGGACUGCAAGGCUCGGAUCAGGAAGAUCACGGAGGAGGUGGAGAGACAGGUGUCCAACGCCAUGGCAGAGGAGAUCAGGAAGCUCAGUGUGCUGGUGGACGACUUCCACAUGGACUUCCACCCCUCAGCUGUGGUGCUGAAAGUCUAUAAGAAUGAGCUGCACCGACACAUCGAGGAGGGUUUGGGGAAGAACAUGUCUGAGAGGUGCUCCACGUCCAUCACCAGCGCCCUGCAGGCCACGCAGACCGACAUGAUCGAGGGCCUGAAGCCUCUGCUGCCCGGCUCGGUCAGGGAGCAGGUGGACCGACUGGUUCCUCGGCAGUGCUUCAGCCUCAGCUACGACCUGGCCUGUGACAAGCUGUGCAGCGACUUCCAGGAGGACAUCAGCUUCCACUUCUCCCUGGGCUGGACCAUGCUGGUCAACCGCUUCCUGGGCCCCAAGAACAGCCGGCGGGCCCUGAUGGGCUACAGCGACCAGGUGCCCCGCCCGCUGGCGCUGACCCCGGUCAGCAGCAGCAUGCCGCCCUUCCCCCAGGGCUCCGUCACGCAGGAGGAGCUGAUGGUCUCCAUGGUGACGGGCCUCGCCUCGCUCACCUCUCGCACUUCCAUGGGCGUGCUCGUGGUCGGCGGCGUGGUGUGGAAGGCGGUGGGCUGGCGCCUCAUCGCGCUGUCGGUGGGCCUGUACGGCCUGCUGUACGUGUACGAGCGCCUGACCUGGACCACCCGGGCCAAGGAGCGGGCCUUCAAGAGGCAGUUUGUGGAGUACGCCAGCGAGAAGCUGCAGCUCAUCGUCAGCUACACCGGCUCCAACUGCAGCCACCAAGUCCAGCAGGAGCUGGCCGGGGUCUUCGCUCAGCUCUGCCAGCAGGUGGACGUCACCCGGCAGGACCUGGAGGACGAGAUCUCUGACAUGAACAGCAAGAUCGAGCAGCUGGACAGUCUGCAGAGCAAGGCCAAGCUGCUGCGGAACAAGGCGGGCUGGUUGGACAGUGAGCUGAACAUGUUCACUCAGCAGUACCUCCACCACUAACUGACUGGAUCCACCUCCUCCACCUCUGUAGCAGCUGGAACUGGCUCUGCAGGCGGCUCCAUCACUGCCUGCUCCUCCUCCCCCUCCUCCUCCUCCUCCCCCUCCUCCUCCUCCCCCUCCCCCUCCUCCUCCUCCUCCUCCCCCUCCCCCUCCUCCUCUUCCCCCUCCUCCUCCUCCUCCUCCCCCUCCCCCUCCUCCUCCUCC